AUGGCAACAACUCCCGACGCCGCCUUUGAGGCCCUCAUGAAUGGAGUAACCAGCUGGGAUCUUCCCAAAGAAUCCAUCCCUUGUGAACUCCUUCUCACUGGGGAGGCCGCCUUCCCAGUGAUGGUGAAUGACAAGGGACAGGUGCUCAUUGCUGUCUCUUCCUAUGGCCAGGGCCGCCUGGUGGUCAUGUCCCACGAGGGCUACCUGCUGCAUGCUGGCUUGGCCCUAUUUCUUCUCAAUGCAGUGAGGUGGCUCCGCCCCUCCCCAGGGGCUCACAUUGUAGUGCAUCCCUCCUUGGCAUCUAGUGGCUCUGAUCUACAGGCACUGGUUCAGCCUGAACCUGGAGAGACUCUGGGUGUUUACUGCACUGAUGCCUACAGUGACACCGUGACUGAGAAGCUGGUCCAGUUUGUGAAGCGUGGUGGGGGCUUGCUCAUUGGCGGCCAGGCCUGGUACUGGGCCAGUCAACAUGGCAGUGGCAGGGUGCUGUCCAGUUUCCCUGGGAACCAGGUGACAAGCGUGGCCGGAGUGUACUUCACAGAUGUCUGUGGGGAUGUAAAUAGGUUCAAGAUCUCUAAGAAGGUACCCAAGAUCCCAGUCCAUAUCAGGUGUUGGGAGGAGCUCGGGCAUGACCAGGAGCAGCUUCUGGAUGGCAUCUCUAAGUUGGACAUCAAGACUGGCGGUGUCCCCUCACAGCUUGGGUCCCUGGCCUUCCCUCUGGGCCGCGAUACCUCCCUCGGCUGCUUCCUAGCAGCUGCCCGCUGUGGCCGUGGCCGUGUGGUAUUGGCUGCCCAUGAGGCCCUGCUCUGUGCUCCUAAGAUGGAGUCCUUUUUAUUUAAUGCUGUAUGUUGGUUGGCCAGAGACCAGAGAGGCUGUAUUGGGGUGAACAGAAGCCUCUAGAGUCUGCAUUCCCUAUUGUUGGAUUGUGGCUUGAAUUGCCGCCUGGACUCGCGUUUGACCAGUGUCUACUGCUGUGGGGCUUACAGUGACCAAGAUGCCAAGAAGAUACAGGAGUUUGUUGCUGAGGGUGGGGGGUUGCUCAUUGGUGGCCAGUCCUGGUGGUGGGCUUCCCAGAACACAGGCAGCUCUGCUUUGGCUGGUUUCCCUGGGAAUGCCAUCCUCAACACCUUUGGCCUCAGCACCCUGCCCCGGAGCCUCAGCCCAGGCUGUUUCCCUGUCCUUCCUACAGAGAUCAGAAACUAACACUUUCGAAGGGCUCUCGCUAAGUUUCAGGCUAUGAUGGACCACAGAGGUGGGAACUUGGAAAAGAAGGAUUUGGUAAGGUUGGGAGUAGAUACUGCAGGGUUCCUGCAGAUUCCUGCAUGGGGAGUCCCUGCUUAUAUGUCCUUGCACCGGCUACUGAGGAAGAUGCUGCGACAGGCAGGCCUCCCGGCUGUGAGCAAGAAAAAUCCAGUUUCCAGCAGCUCCUGUGAGGCAGCAGUGCUCCACCUGGCCACCCACCCGGAACAUUCUGGGACUGAUUGCUCCCAGCUAGCCCAGGACCUUGGCUCUCAGAUCUGCUCCUCCAAUCUCCGCCCCUCGGAGCAUCCCAUCACUGUGGAGAUCAAUGGAACCAACUCCGGCAACAGUGAUGCCUGGGUGAGCACCGGGCUUGACCUUCUGGAAGGACAAAGUGCAGAGGUCUCUCUCUCUGAAGCCGCUGCUGGCCUGAAGGUGCAGAUUGGAUGUCACACAGAUGACCUAAGCAAGGCCAGGAAGCUGUGCCGAGCACCUGUGGUAACUUACCAGUGUUGUAUGGACAGAACCCAGUGGUCAGUCUCCUGCCUCUGGGGUGGCCUCCUGUACAUCAUUGUGCCCAGGGGCUGUCAGCUUGGCCCCAUCUCUGUUACCAUCAGGAAGGCAGUGCCUACAACCCUGGAGGAGUGGAAGACCAGGAUGGGCCCCUGGGGAGAGCUGGCUACAGACAACAUCAUCCUGACAGUACAAACUGAAAGCCUCAAAGCUCUGGAGGACCCAGAGCCUCUGCUCCAGCUCUGGGAUGAGAUGAUCCAGGCCAUAGCCAGGCUGGCAGCCCAGCCCUUCCCUUUCCAGAGGCCUGAGAGAAUUGUCACUGAUGUGCAGAUCUCAGCUGGUGAGUGCUCCAGGGGAGUGCUCCUAGUGAGCAAACUCUAUCUUAUUAUUAUUUUACCUUCCUUGCAGCAUUCAUGUUGGCAAACUCAACACCCGUAUUCUUCCGAUUCUUUCUCUUUCCAGCUCCAGGAGGCCUUUGGGUGGGAGCCAUUCAUGCACCUCUUUGCUGAAUACCAAACUCUUUGUAGCAUCCCCCAAGACAAUGAGAUCAAGAUGAACAAGUGGAUGAAGCUGUUCUCUGAAACCGUACAGAAGAACCUGGUCCCUUUCUUUGAAGCCUGGGGCUGGCCUGUCCAGGAGGAAGAGGCAGGAUCACCCUCUGAAAGGGUAUAUGAAUACAUGAGUGUGGAGGAGUAA